GCAAGAAUAUUUUUCCCCUCCAUAAAUGGUUCAACAAGCCUAUCCACUCCAGUUAUGUGUUCAUCAUCAUCAUUUUACAGACCAAUGGUAGCUAAAAUGGGCCAAAAUCAAUCUUAUUGGGCCUCUAUUGAAUCUGACAUUGAAGCCCAUCUUAAGAAAGUCAUCUCCAUUGAACCUCCGGAAUCUGUGUUCGAGCCCAUGCAUUACUUGACUUUUACAACACCUAAAUCCACAGCACCAGCCUUGUGCGUCGCGGCGUGUGAGCUUGUGGGUGGUGACAGAGGCCAAGCCAUGGCUGCAGCAUCGGCAAUACAUCUCAUGCAUGUUGCUACUUACACCCACCAGCACAUGCAGAUGACGACCGAGCCUGGGCCCGAGUUAGGGCAAGAUGGGAUCAUAGCUGAAUUGCAAGCUAAAGCUUUGGGCCCGGCCCAUAUUGAGCCCAAGUUAAAGCCCGACAUCAAACACAAGUUCGGUCCUAAUAUCGAGCUCCUCACGGGUGAUGCAAUCAUGCCCUUAGCUAUUGAGCUGCUAGUUAAGGCCAUGAACCCGGCCCGAAUAAACUCAGACAAGAUUCUACGGGUCAUUAUUGAGGUGACACGUGCUUUUGGGUCGCAAGGGGUGGUAGAAGGCCAAUAUCGGGAGAUAGAAUGGACUCAGUCAGGCGAUAAAAACGAGGAACUGUUGGUACAUGUGUGCAAGAAGAAAGAAGGAGAAAUUCAUGCAUGUGGAGCUACUUGUGGUGCAAUUUUAGGAGAUGGAAGUGAUGAAGAAGUAGAAAGCUUGAGGAAGUAUGGGCUUUAUGUUGGAAUAAUACAAGGAAUAAUAAAUGGAAUAGGAACAAAUUACAACAAAAGAAGGGAGAAAAGGGUGAAUGAACUUAGAGUACUGGCCAUGAAGGAAUUGAAUACAAGUUUCAAAGGGAAGAAAUUAAUGAGGCAAAUUGCUAGUCUUGUUGAAGAGUCUCUAUCAUAAUAUGAUCUUGUUUAGAUUUUGAAUUACAUAGUUAAUUUGAUUUAUAAAAGAAAGUGUAAUAACUUAAUCUUAGUUCAAUUUUCAACAUGUUGAGUGAGUGAUAUGAUGA